GCAGUAAUGCAUCUAAAUGCUGUUUGUCGAAAUUACGACGAAGAAGAACUGCUUGAAUUUUAUCGCGAGACUUGAGCGCCGGAUCCAUCCGCGUUUCAUUCAGCGUUCAAGAUGGCCACGACGGAGGUUCGGCUUAAUCACACGAUCUACAUCAAUAACUUGAACGAGAAAAUUAAGAAAGAUGAGUUGAAGAAGUCUCUGUACGCCAUCUUCUCUCAGUUUGGCCAGAUUUUGGACAUCUUGGUUGCACGUACUUUGAAAAUGAAAGGUCAGGCCUUUGUCAUUUUCAAAGAAGUCAACAGCGCCUCCAAUGCUCUCCGAUCCAUGCAGGGAUUUCCCUUCUAUGACAAACCCAUGCGCAUCCAGUAUGCCAAUCAGGAUUCGGACAUCAUCGCCAAAAUGAAAGGCACUUAUGUCGAGCGCGAUCGUAAGAAGGAGAAGAAGAAGCCUCCGAAGUCAGAAUCGAGCGGGAACAAGAAGUCGGCCGCCAUGGCCGGUGGCGCGGCUGCAGGCAUGCCCGGAAUGGCACAGAUGAACCAGGGGGGCCGCAUGAUGCACAUGCCAGGACAGCCACCCUACAUGCCCCCGCCGGGUAUGAUGCCCCCGCCAGGGAUGGCACCUGGUCAAAUGCCCCCUGGUGGCAUGGGUCACGGUCAGAUGAUGCCCGGACAGAUGCACCACCAGAUUUCGGAGAAUCCUCCCAAUCACAUCCUCUUCCUCACCAACUUGCCCGAAGAGACCAACGAGCUUAUGCUGUCCAUGCUCUUCAACCAGUUCCCGGGCUUCAAGGAAGUGCGUCUGGUCCCCGGCCGGCACGACAUCGCCUUCGUGGAGUUUGACAACGACGUGCAGGCCGGCGCCGCACGCGAAGCGCUGCAAGGCUUCAAGAUUACGCAGAGCAACGCCAUGAAGAUCUCCUUCGCCAAGAAAUAACUUGGUCACCUCUUCACACAGGUGUGUUUGCAGCAGUGAAACAAACUGAGGAUGUUUUUUUUUUUUGUUGUUGUUGUCAUUUUUGUGUUCUUUACUCUCAAGUGUUGAUUUUACUGUACUGUGUAUUUGUGAAAGCAUUGCACCCAGCGUCUGGUCUGUCAGACAUCACACCUGGAGCUUUUGAUUUUGAUUUUUUUAACAAUAAAAACAAACUGACCGAAAA